UUUUUAGAUUCACUUCCUACUGUACAGACAGCUCAUGAAAUCCAGGAUUAUCGUGAUAUCUUGGGGGGAUUCACGCCAACGCGCCGGUCUAGAAACCUCCUGAAAGCCAUCCGCGGCAACGAGUUUGAGCGUGGCAACGAUUGCCCAGAAGAUACCGGGAAUUUCACGUGCCAACUAGAUGCCAUACAACGAUCGUUCCCUGUC